GGUGUAGCUCCAUGAUAAAACAGAAUAUCAUCAAAGUAUCAUCACCCCACUUCCAUUUUUUUUUUACUGCUCUGCGCAAUCAAAGUUUUAUUGACUGCAUGCACCCCUGGAUGCACCCAUUGUACUAUACCGCACACGUGCUCAGGCCAGGUUGUACAUUGUACCCUUUUAAAGUAGGGUAGACCUACGUAUUAUGUUUGUAAAACACCACUCAAAAAGUGCACAUUUCGCAUUUCUGAUACAUGAAUAUGCAGCAAUAAAUAGACUCUGCAGCAUCAGCAAGGGCCAAGACUCUGUUAAAGUCCAACACAAUUAUUGUACAUCAGACAGAAGCGUAUUUUAUCGAUGUUCCGUUCCACCGUGCAGGUCUUGUUGGCUAGCAGAAGUACAUGUAGUCCGGUACUUCUUCGAUCAACUAAUGUUGGAAAAUUCCUGCUGUGCAAUACUAAACGAGGCUAUGCAAUGGCAACACAAAGCCAAUCCCAGCAGCCUCGUGUUGUGGUGAUCACGGGAUGUUCAUCAGGCAUCGGGCUAGCCACGGCCAAUCUCCUCGCCAAGGACCGUGAGAGGAGGUUCAUCGUCUACGGAUCCAUCCUUGGCUCGCUCGACGAAGAGCAGUUGUUCCGUGACACAGCCGGGGGCGCCCUCAACGAUACGCUCUUUCCUUUCAAACUGGACGUCACCAAAGAUGAAGAUGUCGAGGAGGCGGUUGCCAUGGUGAUGGAGCAAAAAGGCCGCAUCGAUAUCCUUGUUAACAAUGCCGGAAUCUGUACGAAGAAAGCUUUGGAGACGAUCAGCAUGAGUGACAUUGUUCGGCUCUAUGACGUCAACCUCCUGGGCUAUGUUCGGAUGAUGAGGGCAGUCUUACCAAUCAUGAAGAAACAAGAAUCGGGAAGGAUCAUCAAUCUAUCGAGUAGGAAUGCAAUUGAAGGUGCUCCAUACAUGAAUAUCUACACUUCCGCUAAAUUCGGCAUCGAAGGGCUUAGCGAAGAGACAGCGGUGAUUGGACGAUUCUUCAAUAUUUGGGUGAGCUUAAUUCAACCCGGAGGGGUCGUCACACCGAUGGGAGAAACCAUGAUCGCUAAAGACCUCGGUGGCGCGGGGUCAAGGGGCAUCUCCGAUCACCCGGAUGUGCAUGAGAUUGAUCGCAAGUUGAGCAGGUAUCGCGAUCAUGACUUGGAGUGGUCGAAAUGCCCGUCGAUUACGGCUGAUGAUGUCGCGAAGGUAGUCCUUCGAGCCGCCACCGACGUCAAGCCCCACUUCCGAUACCAAACACAAGAGGCCGUUCAGGCUUUGGCAGAGCGGAAGUACCGGGAUCCCAGCGGGGACGAGUUCAUCGACUACUUAGCUGAUCGACUAAGACCGUUUUAUGGUAAGGCUGGAGAUGAGAAAUGCUAACCUGAAUAUCAACAACUAACUUUGCCAGUUUAGUUGAACAUUAAUCCUUGAGUCUAUAUCAUAGUCUCCAGUUUGCUUAAUUUGCCUCUUCCAUGGAUCCUUUAUUACCAAAGCUAUUUUUUCUCAUUUCAGAAUUUUUUUCAUGUGCAUUUUGUUUUUUCUUAAAUGUUUUGAUGAUUUACUGAGCCAUUUUUUGGUUUUUUUUUAGGAAAUACAGGUCUCAUGUUAAUUUCAUCUUAAACAAUAAAAAAUUAUUGAUGAUUUCGUCAAGCGGGUCAAACUUUGCUAUGACCACUGGACGUACAGAAUGCCCUGUACAAGGAACGAGAAAAGAACGAAUCAUUAUUGGCGGAGAUUAAGAAAUUUCAGGAAGAGAAAGAAAAAGUUAAUUAAAGUGUAUUUCUAGUAGGCCAUUUAUCAGGUCCAUAUACAAUGCCGACGGAUCAUUUCUAGGCCUACAUACAUACCCGACAUAAGCGGUGAUCCCGAAUUUCGUAGUUAUGUACAGCAAAUUAUGGGAGAGGACCGGGGGAGAGGCUCGUUUACCCCCGCACCUGUCGUAACGGAAAAAAAUAUCGCGCGUAUGAUUUCUAGUUUGACAGGUGAAUAACAUCUUCAUCAUUUGUUCAUUCAAUGCGUUAUCAAGAAAAUUAUGCAUGAAUCUAAUCCAUGCGAAGAACUUCAAAAGAGGUCCUAGAAACUAACAAAUAUGUAGAGAUUAUGUGCCUCUCUUUUUCUCAGUGUACAAUGGUGUUUUUUGUCUUUAAAUAUUUUAAUUUUUAUAUAGAAAAAAUAAAGAUAUUUGAUUUUAUAACUUUGCUUACUUUCUCGCAAUGUGUUUUGCAAGUGGUAUCCCGAAGAGGAAGGGAGUUAUCGUUUGUUUUAGAUCACAACAGGCUCAGUUAUUCUAAAAUUUUCUUGAAAGUCCUUGUCACAUACGCUGCCUCCGAACGAUGUUGUGUAUGUGUGUGUGUGUGAUUGCGAUUUUAAUCACUGAGAUAUGAUUACUUAUGUCAAGGACCGACUUUUAACAUCCCCCGAAAGACAUCACCUGGGUAGCGUUUCAUGAAAGGACUUGCAAGACGUUUAUCCCAAAAGUCCUAUUUUAUCAGACAGUUACCAUAGUAACAGCGCUCCUCGGCCAAUCAGAAUCAAGGCGAGUUGUCAGACUUGUGGGAUGAAAAAUGUUGAUGAAUUGCUUCCCAGGUCUCGAACCACGAACCUCUGCAUCAUCUCGCAUCUUUUCCGAUGUGGCUUGGAUUACAGGCGCACACAACAACGCCCAAAUGAUCCUUUGCCAAUGAACAAGGAGAUUGACAGUCUUUAGGGGGUGGGUAAGGCCAAGAAAGAGUUUUCACACAGCGACGUACGGAAGAUUCAAGAACACAGUAAAUGUAUUGUCAAAUGCCCUUCAUGACAAAGACCAACCGAGAAGUCUUCGUCGACAAUUGAUGAAUCAAAAUAGCAGGUUCGUCAUUGACUCUCGGCAAAGGACAUACUUGCGAUUUUUCGUCACCUCCGAAACUUAGAACAAAACUGAUGUUCCGGUUCACCAAUUUUCGACAAAGAUCUUCCAGCUGCUUUUUGUCAUUGGAUGGGUAUUUUCAUAGUACAUUUACUCUGUUAUUGAAUCCAUUGUUCGUUGCGGAACGAAAACUCCCUAAUGUUGACGUUUACAGGGAAUGGUCAAACAUUGUGUUGGAGAAUAUUGGAUCCAAUCAACAUACAGUUACGUGCUAACGCCAUCUACGUUCGUUGAUACGUAUGGUCAUUUGUUUUGACUUGGUUGACAUAAUCAUACUAGGUUGACAGAAGAUUUUAACCAUUUUAAAUUUUGGACGAGAUCAAAGUUAAAUUAUCAGUUGUCUGACACCGUCUAAUCUGUAUAUUUAGAGGCAGUUAUCCUUCAAAGCAAAACUUUGCAGGGGGAGGAGAGGGGUCAAAGUUAAUUUUUGACGUAAAUAAUAAAAUGGUCAUAGUAACAAUGUUAGUGAAUGUAUUCGUCUAAAAUUCUGGCAACGAUGAACCAUGGGCAACAAGAGUCAGCAUUAUUAUCAAUUACUCACUUAGUUUUUUUCUUUGUUUACUCAUAAUCUAUCAUUAAAAAACAUGUAAUACUUAAAUUUGUGCACGGCUGAUGUAUACCGUUUUUCAUUGAAAACAUAUUACGUUUGUAUGACGCCUUUGUUAGACAAAACAAUAACAAAAAAGACAUUAAACAAAACAUUUUUCGAUACUGUACAAUAAUAACUAUGAUGUAUAUUUAU